AGCAUCAGUUUUGUCGAAGCCGAGCUGCGCCGUGUAGUCUUUUUUUAAAUAAAAUGUCGAUUAAAAUAGUCGGCCUACUUCUUAUGUUCAUCGGUCAGUCCUUGGGAGAACUCGUGCGUAUAGAUCUUAAAGAUUUGGGCUUUCAGAUCUCAAGCGGUCUUAACUCUCGCCCCAAACAAUCCAUCAGCAAUCAUAAAAACAAGACUCUGUCGGAUUACAAUGCCUAUCUGAACGAGUAUUACAGCAAUCAAUGGCAGCAGUUCUAUCUAACUCAAGCGGCCUACAAUCAAUAUUAUGGACUUUACACAGUUUAUAGUCCCUACGAAAGCUACGGACCAUAUGCGGUAUAUGAUCCCUAUAAAUACCGUGCACACCAUGGUCAUCGUGGACACCGCAAUCGCCCUAAGCCAACGCAGCCCCAAGCACAGUCAUAUCCAUUCCUACAACCUCUACUGCGACGACUACGGCAAUUUCUACCAAUUAAAGUGCGAUUUUUAACUCGAAAGAAAACCAAACCAAAUCGACGGCGACGCAAGCCACAAAUAAGGCAACUCCAACCAUAUCCACUGCAAUUACAACAGCCAAUUAAGUAUGUGGCUAAAAAAUAAACUUACACUUACUUAAUUCUUUAUUACCAAACAAAUUGAGAUUUCGUGUACAUUCCUUUAGAUCUAUAAGCGAAAACAAAAUACAAACUCUGAUUUCAUAGCAAAAUAGGCCCAUUAAAAAGCACCUGUCGCAAAGGCAUCUUUGCUGCUAAUUCAGUUCAAAUUAACCGAUAGUAAACAAAUAAAACAGAUAAACAACACAAAGAAAAUAAAGAAAACUAAGAGAGACGCGAUCUAUUUCUCUGAUCGCCAACUUAUUAAUGAACCUAAAUUAGCAUUUUAAUAUCUUACGGUG